GAAUAUGAUUAUUCAAGGAGGAGCAAAAUCCAACAUGGUUCCAUUGUGACAUCUGUGAUCUGCCAUUGACAGGAAAAUUACAUGCUGAAUCUCAUUAUAUGGGAAAAAAUCAUCAAAAGGCGGUCAGAGGACAUAAGGCUCCAGCUGGUAAAGGAUACUACAAUAAUGAAGGAAAAUGGAUUAGAUUGGCUUCUGUAAAAUCUUCAAGUAAUAUGGGACAAGACACUUUUGGGCUUGAUUUUAAACCAAAAUCAUUAGAACAACCUGUUCCCGAACCUCCUACCACUCCUGAUGCUUCUACUAGUACAAAAUUUGAAUGUAGCCUCUGCAAUAUCGGAACAACGUGUCAGGAGCAACUUGAUAUGCAUUACAAGGGACAGAAACAUCAGAAGAAAUUGAAGCAAUUGGGUAUGAUGACGACUCUUCCACAAGGUUCUAGUAAUAAAACAGCUUCUGCAGUGGAGUCUAAACCUUUGGAUAAUAUUAAUUUAUCAGUACACCGAACUCCUUCUGGAGACUUUUAUUGCCAGAACUGUAAUCUUUCCCUGAAUUCAGAACCGCAAUUCAUUCUGCACAUAAAAAGCAAGGGACACCUAAAAAAAAUCUUCCAUAAACAGUAGCCAUUUGAAAUUUAUUUAUUUUAGGUUAUGAACAUUAAAGAUUUUUUUUAUCACAAGCAUUUAUUGAAUAUAAUACAUCAAAUAUGAAACUAUUAGAGGGUUUACACAAGGAUCAGUUAAAAGACAGCAAAUAUUUAUGAAAAUAGUUCAAAAGCACGCGAGUCCUAUUCGAGACGUUUUGAGGGUAAACAACAACUAAAAGGUUGCGGACAGAACCAUCAGCGAGUUAAAAUAUGUGUUGAAGUGUAAAUACUUUGGAUACUAUGAGUUAUCUUCCAACCUUUCUCAGAUUUAUCAUGUUUCCGAAUCCAAAAAGAAAUGACGAUUUGAGUUCUUCCUUGAAUGGUUAUGUUCAACACUCUUCAUUUUAAAAAUUAAAUUUGAAUGUUAGUUUGUUUUUUGCUCGGUGUAUAAACAUGCAUAGUUCGAGUUCGCAUAACGUGGAAAUAUCUGAAUGAUUUUUGUGUUUACAUUAAUUGAUAGUUCCUUAUAAUCUAAUUUUAUCACUUUGUAACCUUUUAGGAGAUUCAUAAACCAUUUGUACUUUAUAUCAAAAGAAUUAUAUUCAGUAAAUGUUUUUAAACUAGUCUGAAGUAUUAUAUUUAUAUAGUGGAUUUGUUAAUACUAACUAAUAGACUUACUGUUUAAAAAGUUCAAUAAAUCUUUUGAAUGAU